CGGAGCCAAGCAACGGCGACCAGUCAAUCUCGAAACGCUUCUCUCGGCGAGUGCUAGCGGCCUAUAAGUAGCGCGUCCCAUGUCCUGGAUAGGCCUCGCGAGCAAAACCAAAUCCAUCGACAAGCGCCGAAUCAUUUCACGUACAAGCCAUGGUGAAGAAGCCUUCCACCCUCCCCAGGUCCUUUCUGUCCCUCCGCCGCCUCCUCUGGCGAAGCAUCUCAGGGGGGCACUACCGCCGCAGCACGACGGCGAGGGCGGCUCCAGCCGUUCCAGCACAGGAAAAGCUGAGAGACCGGACGGUGCUGGUCGAUGUGGAGGGAUGGCUCCUGAGGUCACCGCUCUCCACCUUCCCUUACUUCAUGCUUGUCGCCAUCGAGGCUGGCAGCUUCCUCCGUGGCCUUCUCCUCCUGCUGAUGUAUCCGGUCCUGCGCCUCCUGGCGCUCCUCAGCCUCGACCUAUGUCUCAAGGCCAUGGUCAUGGUGUCCCUCUUCGGGUUGAGGGAGAAAGAGGUGGCCAGGAUCUCCAAGGCAGUGCUGCCCAAGUACUUCCUGGAAGACGUGACCAACGAGGGGCUGGAGGCUUUUAAUGACAAGGCGGGCAAGGUGGUCGCGGUGACCGCGUCAUUUCCGAGGGUUAUGGUGGAGGCUUUCCUCAAGGAGUACCUCGGCGUCCAUGCCGUCGUCGGGCGGGAGGUCACGGUGGCAGCCGGCCAUUACAUUGGGCUCCUGGAGGAGGAGCACGCGGUCAUGAAGAGGGUCGAAGCCUUCCUCGAGGAAAUGGAGGAGAUGAGGAGCAAGGGUGAUGGAGCUGUGGGGCUUGUUCGGGCAGCCAGCUGGAUGCACCAUGUGAUCUCUCGCUAUUGCAAAGAGACCUAUGUCCUAAGCGAAGCCGACAAGAAGGCGUGGCAGCUACUGCCGAGGGACAAGUACCCCAAAAAGUUGGUCUUCCACGACGGCCGCCUCGCCUUCAGGCCGACCUUCUUCGCGGCGGUCGCCAUGUACACCUACCUUCCCUGGGGAAUCUUCCUUGCCGUCUUUCGCAGCCUCGCAUUCGCAGUGCUCCCCUACCGCGUCUCUGUCCCGCUCGCCGCGGCCACCGGCAUGCGCUCCCGCCUGGUCGCCGCCCCAUCGCUGAACGCCACAGAGAAGCACCAGGCAGGAGGGCGCCUCUACGUCUGCAACCACCGCACCCUCCUCGACCCGAUCACCGUUGCCGCCGGUCUGAACAAGCCCGUGACCGCCGUCACGUACAGCGUGAGCCUAGUCUCCGAGCUGAUCGCGCCCAUCCGCACGGCGCGGCUGACGAGGAACCGGGACAAGGACCGCCGGCGCAUGGAGGCGCUGUUGGAGCGCGGCGACCUCGUGGUUUGCCCCGAGGGCACGACAUGCCGCGAGCCCUACCUGCUCCGGUUCAGCCCUCUGUUCGCCGAGCUCACCGGCGAGGUGACCCCCGUCGCGCUCGAGACCCGCGUCGACAUGUUCUACGGCACGUCGACCAAGCCCGGGGCCAAGUGGCUGGACCCGUUCUACUUCAUGAUGAACUCGCGGCCGGAGUAUCGCGUCGAGUUCCUGGAGCGCGUGACCACCGCUCCGGCAGAAGGCGAGGAAAUCGGGCAAGGCCACAGCAUCGAGGCGGCGAACCGGGUGCAGCGCGUGCUUGGAGAGGCGCUAGGAUUCGAGCUCACCGAGCUGACGAGGAAGCACAAGUACGAGAUGCUGGCUGGUACUGAUGGUGUCGUGACAGAUGGCACAAAGAAGUAGGUGUGUUCAUUACCGGGAAUAUGCAUGUUUCAUUGUGCAACUCUUAACGUGUAUCGUAAGUGUUGAAUUCUUUAUUUAUUUUUUCAGCCUAAAACAUGAGUCAGUGUUAUGUGGAUACAUACACACUUUCUUUUAGUUUCUAUGUGUGAAAAUUCUUGUACAUGUUGAAAAUAAAAAAGAAAAAUAUUGCAAAUGUAGUUUGGAACCACA